AUGGUUUCCUUCAUUUUUGUAGCAAUUACACUCUUCUCACUUGUGGGCACUUCUGUUUCUUCCACUAUCAUUUCUGACUUUCAUGCAUUAAUUGCACUUAAACAAGGUUUCGAGUUCUCUAAUCUGGAAAUAAGCACUUGGAAUUCUUCCAAUCCAACCUCGGUUUGUUCAUGGAGUGGAAUCAAAUGCUUCAAUGGACGAAUAGUCUCCCUUAAUAUAUCGAAUAUGAAUCUCUAUGGCUCUGUUUCACCAGCAAUUUCAAGACUUGAUAAGCUGAUGGAGCUCUUUAUUGAUGGAAACAACUUCACUGGUGAAAUCAAGAUCGAGAAUAUGAGCAGUCUCCGGUUUCUUAACAUAUCAAACAACCAAUUUAGUGGGAGUUUGGAGUGGAAUUACUCGAGCCUUGCUAAUUUGGAAGUGCUUGAUGCAUAUAACAACAAUUUCUCUUCUUACCUUCCUCUGGGGAUACUAGCUCUGAAGAAUAUCAAGCACUUGGAUAUGGGAGGAAACUAUUUCUACGGCAAAAUUCCAGAAAGAUACGGAGAUUUGACUGGUUUGGAAUACCUGUCUCUUGAAGGAAAUGAUCUUCGAGGAAAGAUACCUCGGGAAUUGGGUAAUCUCACUAACUUGAGACAAAUUUACUUGGGCCAUAUCAAUGUUUUCGAGGGAGGUAUCCCAAGAGAGUUUGGCAAGUUGAUGAAUCUAGUAAUCAUGGAUCUUUCAACCUGUGGAUUGGUUGGUUCAAUCCCUCCUGAGUUGGGGAAUUUGAAGUCACUUGAUACAUUGUUUUUGUACAUCAAUCGCCUCUCAGGUCCCAUACCAAAGCAAUUAGGAAACUUAACAAGCCUAAAGAGACUCGAUCUUUCUUUCAAUGCAUUCACUGGGGAAGUCCCAUAUGAGCUUGUCAACCUCAGACAGAUCAAGCUUCUCAAACUGUUUUCGAACAGAUUGCAUGGAUCCAUACCGAGUUACAUAGCUGAUUAUCCAAAUCUUGAAGUUCUUGGACUCUGGAAUAACAAUUUCACAGGCACUAUCCCGAGGAAUCUUGGACAAAACCAGGCGAUUAAGGACCUCGAUUUGUCUUCCAACAAGCUGACUGGUACAAUCCCCAAAGACUUGUGUGCCUUAAAACGGCUGAGAAUACUGAUUCUCCAAAAAAACUUUCUAUUUGGUUCGCUACCACGGGAGUUGGGCAUGUGUUCGAGUCUUGUUAGGGUGAGGCUAGGGCAAAACUACUUGAAUGGAAGCAUUCCAACCGGCUUCAUUUACUUACCCCGGCUGAAUUAUGUUGAACUGCAGAACAAUAUGCUGUCUGGAUCUUUGUCUGAAAAUGGUAAUUCAUCUUCUAGGCCAAAUAAGUUGAGCCAAAUGAAUCUAUCAAACAAUCAACUUUCUGGAUCCUUGCCUUUCUCUCUUUCCAAUUUAUCUUCCCUCCAAAUCCUUUCACUUAAUGGAAACAAUUUUUCCGGCCCAAUCCCUUCUUCCAUGGGUGAACUACACCAAGCUCUAAAGAUAUCUCUAAGUGGGAAUUCUUUUGUCGGAGAAAUUCCACCUGAAAUAGGUAACUGUGUCCAUCUAACUUAUUUGGACUUGAGCAACAACAACUUGUCUGGCUCAAUCCCACGAGAAAUAUCAAAUAUUCGAGUCUUGAAUUACCUAAACCUAUCAAGAAACCACUUGAAUGGAAACAUACCCCCAUCAAUUGGUUCAAUGGCAAGUCUCACAACAGCUGAUUUUUCUUUCAAUGAUCUCUCUGGUAAGCUACCAGAAUCCGGUCAGUUCUCACUCUUCAAUGCUUCUUCAUUUGCUGGAAAUCCCCAACUUUGUGGAUCCACAAUCAGCAACCCCUGCAAUGCCACCGCAGUUACAAGCCCACAAAGAAAAUCCCACAGUGCAUUCAAGCUGACCUUUUUCUUCGGCUUUUUAUUCUGUUUAGUGUUCGUCACUGCCGCUAUAAUCAAGGCUAAAUUAUUCAAGAAGAACACGUCAAAUUCCUGGAAAAUCACCGCCUUCCAAAAGCUAGAUUUCACAGUCUCUGAUGUUCUUGAAUGCAUAAAAGAUGGCAAUGUAAUCGGAAGAGGAGGCGCCGGAAUCGUCUAUCAUGGCAAAACUUCAAAUGGGGUCGAAUUUGCUGUCAAGAAACUUCUGGGAUUUGGCAGCAACAGCCAUGAUCACGGCUUUAGGGCUGAAAUCCGAACAUUAGGCAACAUCAGACACAGAAACAUAGUAAAAUUGCUAGCAUUUUGCACUAACAAGGAGACAAAUCUUCUCGUAUACGAAUACAUGAGAAAUGGGAGUUUAGGGGAGGCAUUGCACGGGAAGAAAGGGGAAUUCCUCAGCUGGAAUCUGAGGUACAAAAUCGCCAUGGAUGCGGCGAAAGGAUUGUGCUAUCUGCAUCAUGAUUGCUCGCCACUGAUUGUGCAUCGAGAUGUGAAAUCAAACAAUAUUUUACUGGAUUCAAGUUUCGAAGCUCACGUUGCCGAUUUUGGGCUCGCCAAAUUCUUGGUAGAUGGUGGAGCCUCCGAGUGCAUGUCCGCCAUUGCAGGGUCCUAUGGGUAUAUUGCUCCAGAAUAUGCAUACACAUUAAAAGUAGAUGAAAAGAGCGAUGUUUAUAGUUUUGGAGUAGUUCUUCUAGAACUCAUCACAGGACGACGGCCAGUGGGCGAUUUUGGGGAAGGAGUCGAUAUCGUGCAGUGGAUCAAGCUAACAACGAAGUGUCAAAGAGAACAAGUUGUUGAUAUAAUUGAUCAAAGGUUAAAAAUGGUGCCUCAAAAUGAAGCAAUGCAUUUGUUCUUUGUUGCCAUGCUUUGCGUUCAAGAAAACAGCAUUGAAAGGCCAACCAUGAGAGAUGUUAUUCAAAUGUUAUCAGAAUUCCCUCGUCCCAAUCAUCUGUCAAAACCAGAAGAACCCUGA